UCUCUCUCUCUCUCUCUCUCUCUUUCGUCUUCCUCUCCGUCUCUCUAUCUCUGUCUCCCAAGACCCGAUUCCUCACGUGCCCUCUUCUCCACCGCGCCGUAAAAGUCGCGAGUUCCACAGGUGAGUGGGCGAGGAGAGGAGUCCUCCUUCCGCUCUCUCCAUUUCGAUGCUGAUCCCUACAAUGGCGCCUUUUUAGGGUGGUAGGUGGGCGAUUCAUCCCGUUUCCACGCAUUGGUCUGCGGCACAUCUGUCGAUCUGUGUCGAUCCAUCAGGUUGGGAUCCGAUGACGUCCCCUGGAGGCCUCGCGGAGGCGGAGGAUCUUCGGCGCUGGCGCCGGCAUCCGGCGGAGGCGGAGGACAAUGAGGAGGAGGAGAUCGACCACUUCGAUCGGCUGCCGGACUCCGUGCUGCUCCUCGUAUUCAACCGAGUCGGCGACGUCAAGGACUUGGGGCGGUGCUGCGUCGUCUGCAGCCGCUUUCACUCCCUCGUCCGCCUCGUGGACUCCGUCCUCGUCCGCGUCGAUUGCGUCAUCUCCGACGAUCCCUCCCCCUCACCUGCCGGCGUCGCCGGCGGGGAUAGUGCCCGGGGGGUCUUCUCCCACCUCGCCCGCAUCGUCCUAGGCAGCAUCGCCAGGCCCUUCCAGGCUCUCGGCCAUAUCCUCGCCCCCUCCGCUGGCGUCGCCUCCGACCGAAGGUCCUCACCCUCGUUGCUUUCCUCCUCCUCGUCGCCCUUGUCGGACUUCUCUCACCACUCCCCGGCGGAGGUCCUUAAGAACUUUAAGGAGAUCCACGGCCUCCGGAUCGAGCUCCCGGCCGGCGAACUCGGCGUCGACGACGGCGUUCUCCUGAAGUGGAAGGCCGAGUUCGGGUCGACCCUCGAUAGCUGUCUCAUCCUCAGCGCGUCCUCCGUACUCUCCUCGUCUUCCAUUUCGCCCAAAUCCUCAAGCCCCAAUUCUAACCCUAGCUUCCAGGACGCUUGCGGGGGCGAUGACGGCGGGAGCAUCCCGGAGUCGUUCUACACCAACGGGAACUUGAAGCUUCGGGUGUUCUGGACGAUCAGCUCCCUGAUCGCCGCUUCCGCGCGACAUUACCUCCUCCACCCAAUCGUAGCCGAUCAUGAGACGCUGGAGAGCUUAGAGCUCACGGAUGUGGAUGGGCAGGGGGUGCUGACGAUGGACCGGCGGCAGCUGCAAGAGUUCAGGGUGAAGCCAGUGUCGGCAUCCGGGAGCUCACAGCGAACUCUGGUGCCAGCCCUCAGUAUGCGGCUAUGGUAUGCACCCUACCUGGAGCUUCCUGGUGGAGCGGUGCUGAAGGGGGCGACGAUGGUGGCUGUGCGGCCAAGUCAGGAGAGGUGGAGGGAGGUUGCCAGCAGUGGAGAAUGGGGUGGCUCCUUAGGGCCGUUGGACAGGUGCUGGAUUUCCGGUGCAUUCGAAGAGCCAUACAGGUCAGCUGCGGGGAUGCUUGUGAAGGGGAGGACUUACUGUCUCGAGAUGAAUUCCUUCUGAGAUUGGAAAAAAGGGAACCAAAGUCUAUCUUUGGCAGAUAUUGCUGCAUGACCGAUGGAGCAUCUCAUGCUUUUGUUGACAUCUUUCUCGGAUAUGAAAAAUGAUGAAUACUCCAUGCCAAUUCCCAAUAUGUUCUCAGACAUUGUACUGAAAGUUUUCCAUGUUAAGCAGAAGUGAUUGACACAUUCUUGUUGAAGUUUCAGGUUUUGUAGUGGAGAUUUCAUGAGUUGAAAAUGAAAGAUGAGUACUUAUUGGCUUUGUGGUAAUCAACUUGGCCAAAUUAUGGCAAUCAAUAACAAUCUCCUGCGAGAGGAGCUAUGGUAUACUUCCAGUUCCAAUGGUGAGCUCUGUGCUGCCGCUGCAACAUUUGAAUCGUAACAUGUUUCCGUUGCCGAGCUCCCUCCCUGAGCAAAUUUAUGUGAAGUGAUCAAGUCUGUCACUGUUGUUAACCUGUCUCCUAGCUUGUUGAUAUCGCAGCAGAUUAAUAAUAAAAACAUGUUUAUUGAUAA